AUGGAAAAUCAAGAUAAUACACCGAUCUCAGAACCACCAAGUUAUUUAGUACCAUUUGCACGAUCAGUUCUUUCAGUUUUAUCAAUUUGGCCAGCUUUAGAAUUAUCAUUUGAACAUUCAUCAAGACGAUCUGAAAAGGAUGAAUUAAUAUCCGAACUAGCAAGUGAACUGGUUGGAGCAUUUCUAGAUGGUGAACCUACAAAAUUACCUUUGAAUGAAGAACUUGAAGAUUUUUUACUCGCUUGGUGUUUUGGUACAUUAGAUGUAAGGAUAGAAGAUGAUUCAGAAGUAUCGGUGGUUAAGGAACUUCUUGGGGUUUGGAAAGAGUGGGAUCAGUGGACUGGAACGGUUCAGGAGGCUUAUGAGGCUGAAGGAACUCUUAUUUAUCGGAUUGAAAAACAGGCUGAACGGAAAAGGAUUAGUGGAGCUCGCGUUCAAGCUACGGUGGUUGAUGAGGGAGCAGUAGAGAGUGGAGAGAGUGAUGAUGAUGAUGAUGAUCAAAUGGAUGUGGAACCGGCUCAGAAUCAACCUGCGCGAUCUCGACCCAAGAGCCCGGUGGUAGACGAAGACGGAUUCACUUUGGUCACCAAACAUUCACACCCGCGUUAA